GCCGCGCGGGAGGUACAAUGUUACAAUUGUUCCCGUUUAUUUCUUCUCAAUGCAUUUUUAAGGAACUUGAGAUUUUACGGUUUUGAGAAGACGUUUUCCCCUUUUUAGUAAAAAAAAAAAAAAAAAAUGGCGGAGUGGAAAACUCAGGUCAACUACAACCCCACAUUCCAUGCGUACACCUAUGGCUUCGUGUAUCAAACUGGGCCCGAACAGAACCACGUUACCGGGAACGACUGGAGCCAAAACUGUGAGCAGAACGGCUACAACGGAGGACCCACGCAGUCUCAUUUCCCAGCUAGGAGCCGGGAGGAGUCCCCACCUCGCAGCCCGGAGCAGCAGCCUGAGAGCGGCCACUAUUACCAGGACUCCGGGGUGGUAUACAUCAGAGAAGCCCAGACGGGCCGCUUGGUUAUGGCGGGACAGCACCGGGUCGGUUUAGACGGCGGCGAAAACUGCACGAGACGGACCGGAAGCGAUUCUGCCAGCGACUCCGAGGCACACACAUCACCGGAUUCUUGGAGUUCAUGCAGCAACUAUGAAAGAAGUGUUCCUCAGACAGAUCCUGUAGUUUGGGUCAAAAAUGAAGAGCAGACUGGAGCAAGGAGCCCAGACCACAGCGAGGAUGUCUCCAGCUCGCUCAUGGUUGAGUCCCAAUCUUUUGCAGUCCAAGACACCGGGGAUGCAAGCAGUUCCACACAUGCACCCUUCACCAACACAAAGAAGCAAGCCAGCAGUACUCCAAACGCCCCGAAAGCUAAGGUCCGGGCAGCUUUCUCUGAGAGCCAGAUGAGCACUCUGUUGCAGCGCUUCAGCGUGCAGAGGUACCUCACCCCAGCUGAGAUGAAGAACCUGGCAGAUGUGACUAGACUCACCUACAAGCAAAACCGUAGGAUGAAGCUUAGGAGGCAUCAGAAGGACACCAGCUGGGUUUCAGAGCGAUAUACAAUCAACAAGGACAACACGGCUGCUGACACUGUAUUCUCAAACGUGGCUCCACAUGUCCCCCCUUAUCAGGGGGAUGGGAUGUCCCAUCUGCGGCAUCACUACAACCAGCACAUGAUGGGGGCAGCUUUCAAGAAUACCCCACACAACCUGGCCUUCUAUCUGGCUGCCAUGGGUAACCCCCCUGGAACUGCUGGUUACCCGCCAUGGUCUUCCAGCCCCCCCCAGGCUGCGGUGCCCAGCAGACCCCAGGUACCAGGAUGGCCCCUGCCGCCAGGCCGCAGUCAGUUUGAAUUCUGCCCAAUUCCAUACGACUCCUCCGACGCCGCCUCUUUAAACAACUUUGAGCGCAACGCAGUCCCCGACAGCAAAGAUGGGGAGUCUGCUGGGGGUGCGAAUGCAGCCAUUUUGCACAAUGCUGUCCAAUGAGGUAGACAGCAACUGUUGUUCAGUUCAGCAUUUUUUGUUGACCGUUUUUCCACUGGAUGGGUGUACAAACGCUUAGUACUGUUGUGUAGCAUUUCAAUAGCCUGAAGUUUUAUUUUUAUAUGCUACUAUUUAAUGAAUGUUGCUGUUUAGUCGUUCUAGGCAUGUCCAACUGACACCAUUGCAGUACACCGUGAUGUGACUAUUCUAUCCUGGCCUGCAUUUUUUUUAACUUUUCAAUUAAAAAAAUUACCAUAUCAA